GCUGCUGGACUUUAACUAUGUCCUUUGUUGGCCCAUGGCACUAUGGUACCCCUUGAGUUGCAAUCUGAUAGUGUUUUCGAUGUCAAAGUCACGUUUUAAAAGUGAAACUUGACAACACAUUCUCGCCUUUCGAUCUCUUCGUGCAUCAACACACCAACACGCAGUCGAAAUUAUUCAGUCUGCGUCCUGUGCUCGUAUUGUACCACUACCAAGAUACAGAGAGUCUGGGUACCGAAUUUGUGACACCUCAGUUAAAGAAACUUGGGUUUCGCUUUCUGUGGUCUAAAUUCCGUUUGCUCAAAAGAUGAUUUUCAAUUUUCCAACAAAACAGUACUCCUGCUAGUCAUGUUAUGUCAUGUCGAUCUAAAAUGCAGUUUUCAGACGUUUUUAUAUUAGUUUUUCCGUCACCGUGACACUGACAUCGCGCCCUCAAGAGUCCAGUCUAAAAUAAAUAUUCAGCAGGGACGGACGGCACGGCAUGUAUGCAACAUCAUUAGAAAAUGUACCCAGAUGAUUUGAUUAAGUGUCCAUAAAGUCUCCAAAAUGGUUUUCUAUUUCAAGAGUGAAGGAUAUGUCAUCUAUGUCGGCAUUGACAAAUAUGAAAAUGAAGAAUUGAUUAAGUAUGGCUUUCCUGAAGAUAUAUGGUUCCACGUAGACAAGCACUCCUCAGCUCACGUGUAUUUAAGGUUACCUAAAGGGGAGAAUAUCCACGCCAUUCCAGCUACAGUCCUAGAGGACUGCGCACAGCUUGUUAAAGCCAAUAGCAUCACAGGGAACAAAAUCAAUAACAUUAAUGUGGUCUACACGCCAUGGAGUAACCUCAAGAAGACGGGCGACAUGGAUGUUGGUCAGGUGGGAUUCCAUAAACAGAGAGAGGUCCUGAGUGUAAAAGUAGAAAAGAGAAGCAAUGAGAUUGUCAACAGACUGAACAAGACGAAAGAAGAGAGGAUGCCCGACCUGCAAGCGGAAAGAGAGGAACGUGACCGGGUGGAGCGGGAGGCGGCCAAGAAGGUAACCAGAGAGAAGAAAGAGAAGGAAAAAGAAGAAGCUCGACAGCGAGAGAAAGACGCCGAAAUCAGGAAUUAUUCAUCUCUGAUGACUGCCAGCAAUAUGAGAUCAAACGCUGAAGUUCAUUCGGAUGAUUCCGACGAUUUUAUGUAAAAAACAAAAACAAAAUUGUGCAUGAACUUGAGGAACAUCAACAGACUUGGAAAACUGCAUGAGGAAAAUCAGCAUGCGGGCAGCAGACCGACGAUACACGAAGAAUAUUUUGAUGUAUUGGCUUCGUGUAUUUACUAACGAGGGCGCUCUUUGGCAUCCCUGUGAGAGCAUUGGUGACUUCGGUGGGCAUGGGUAGGCAACCCCAGACCAUAUUCUUGAUAGAGACGUUUUUGUAGAGUUGGACUCUAUGCCCAGGUUAUCCUGAACAACGAACUGAUUUGGACACAUUUUUAUGGAGUUAUAUUUGUCCUAGUAAUUUCAUCAGGGGUAGGACAUCAAACUUCUAAGGUGAAAGGAGUAUGACCUCAAACUUGUAAGGUGAAAAGACCCUAUCUACAUGUAUUUACGUCCCGCCAAUACGCACGCGAGCAGACACGUUCCAGCCGUGCGCGUCAUAUCACGUGGCAUGUCAGAGUUUUCUGCCACGUGAGACAUUAAGCACCACUGUGAUUGGUCAAAACCUCAUGGGCAAUUUGUAGACGUUGGGGAAUAGUCAGGUCAGGGAACCAGACUACUGGCUUGCACCCAUUCACGGAUGUGUAACUGAUUGCAAAGAAAAUGUGGAC